AUGCGUAUCUUUUCCCCGGGGCAAUUGCUCUGGCAGUCGUCGCUCAUUGCUACAGUGUCGGGAUUUCCUGACCUGCACGGCUCUGCGUCUCACAAGGGUCUGCAUAAGCGAUGCCCUUUUGCCGAUAUUCCAGAGUCGGCUAUGUCAGGACAUGGACAUGACAAGAGGUUUCUGUUCAGUUUGAUGAACAAGCCUGUCGAUGUCUAUGGAGAGCACGAGUUUCAACCUCCCAGCUUUGAAAAUGGCGACCAGCGUGGUCCUUGUCCUGGACUCAACGCCCUCGCUAACCACGCGUACAUUCCUCGAAGUGGAGUCGUUUCAUUUGGAAAUGUGAUCACAGCAAUCAAUGAAGUCUAUGGCAUGGGCGUCGAUCUAGCCACCAUUCUCGCGAUCAUGGGCACCGUCUGGACCGGCGACCCACUGUCUCUGGACCCCAGCUUCUCAAUCGGAGGUCGUGAUACCGGCGUCAACAACCUGCUGAACAACCUCGGCGGACUUCUUGGCGACCCCCAGGGCCUCAUCGGCUCUCAUAACUUCAUCGAAGCCGACUCCUCCAACACGCGCGACGACCUCUACGUCACCGGCAACAACCACAAACUCAACAUGGACAAGUUCAUGGAGUGGUAUAACAUGUCUACAGACGGAACCUUUGACAUGGACCUUAUGGCCAAGCGUGCGAAGAUCCGGUUCGAUCAAUCGGUUCAGACGAAUCCUAAUUUCUACUACGGUCCCGUCACCGGUUUGAUUGCGCGCAACGCAGGGUAUAUUUUUUCCGGUCGUCUUUUCCGAAAUCAUUCGCAUGAGAAUCCGGAAGGAGUUUUGACCAAGACCAUCGUCCGCAACUUCUACGCGAUCUAUGGCGAGGAGGGUAAUUUGACAUACCGUGAAGGAUGGGAAAGAAUCCCGGAGAAUUGGUACAAGACACCCGUCGACUGGGGUUUAAUUCAGUUGAAUUUGGAUACUAUUGACUGGAUCGCUCAAUACCCUGAGCUUGGAAGCAUCGGCGGCAAUCUGGGCAAGGUGAACAGCUUUGCCGGUCUUGACCCGGGUGACUUGACAGGUGGGGUCUUCAACCUGACCAACCUGCUGGAGGGCAACAACCUGCUCUGCUUCGUAUUCGAAGUGUUGAAAUUUGCCAGCCCGAAUGCUCUUUCGGGGAUCUACAAGACGUUGGCUGAGCCGUUGGAGUUUGUCACCAAUGUUCUCGCUGAGCCUCUGCUCAAUGUGACGUGUCCCGCCUUCGAGGAUCUUCAGAUGGGUGGGAAGCCGAUCUGGGAGGCGCUGCAAAAUGACUUUCCUGGCGCGCUGAAGAGUGGUCGGGCGUUUUAG